CUGUUUGUUUUGCAGGAUGGAUGGUUGUGAGGGUGAACAAUGUUUCGGCGAGAGUGUGUCAUUUUCCGUCGAAUUUUGCUAAGGUAGCCUGUACUACGACGGAAACAAAAGAUUUAUCACGGAAUGGGAGGAAAAGAGUACGCUCUGAAGUGUACACUUGGCUUGAUAUUGUUUGUAGUGCUACUGUGGCAACUUGAGACAAAUUAUUUUCCCACGAAUGAAAAUUCCACCUACAUGACACCAGUUGCUGUAGGGAGAACGAAAAUAGAUGACAGGAAGGAACCUGUUAAGGAUAGUUCAAAGCUAAAGAUAAAAGCUGCGAAAAUCACAACACAGCACGGCAUAAAUGUAACAACCGAAGGAUCAGAGACAAAGCGUUGGCUUGUAGUAUAUUGGUCAACGUUUUUUGGAAGAAGGCUCAAUCUUCACGAAACUUUUGAAAAAGGUGACUGCCCAGUACCGUGUGAGUGGACUAGUGACCAAUCCAGAGCAAAAGAGGCAGAUGCCUUUUUAGUCCAUGCCAGGGACCCACGACCAGACCCACCAAUAAAAUCAGUGCCUUGGAUUCUGCAGACUCGAGAAAAUCCAAUUUACACACCGGUAUUGAACGACGCCAGCUUCAUGUCGAAAUUUAGCUACUUGAAAAGUUAUCGGCUGGACUCAGACUUUCCAGAUCCCUCUGUCUUGCUGCCUGGUGUAGCACCCCCUGUUCCUUUUAAGAAUAAGACUGGGCUCAUUAUGGCAGCUUUCUCAAAUUGCGAGGUAGUUCGAACCGAGUACAUGAGGCAGCUAAUGAAAUUUGUAAAGGUUGAUUCUUUCGGCGCCUGUUUAAGGAACAAUAAUAGUCUAGUGGGCAGGUAUGGCAAAAACAAACAGGGCACUGAUUUCAGAGAUGCUAAAUCCAUGCUGGCCAGACAGUACAAGUUCAACCUGGUGUUCUUCAACCAAGACUGUGAUUAUUUUGUGGAUGCUCAACUACACCACGCAAUGGAUGCAGGCUCGGUUCCUGUCGUCAUGGCUACAGAUAAGCUGGAUGAGUUUCUCCCCGGGCCCUAUCUUAACCGUUCAGUGAUAAAAGUGCGUGAUUUCAAGAGCCCUGAACUGUUGGCUGAAUACCUCAAGUAUCUUAGCAACAACGAAACCGAGUACAACAAAUAUCUGGAGUGGAAGUGGGAAGGAUAUGGCGACAUCACUAGAACUGCUAUCGGAAAUUAUUGGAUGCCAAAGUAUCCACUGUAUUGUCAAGUCUGUGUUGCAAUUUCGAAAGGGAAAGGGCCCAAAGAGGGUCUUAAACCAUUCAAUUGCAAACCAAGGAAAUUUGAAGACUGGGGAAUUACGAAAGGAGCCUGACUUAAGUCUACUUUUGUCAUUAAAGAGGACCCCGUUAGCUUAGCAAAAGAGUCAGAUAUGGUGAGAUAUAUCACUUUACAUACACUUUCUCCAAUCACAUUAUGAAAAUGAGGGUACUGAGAAAUCUUUUCGAGAACUUACCAGGCCUGAAAUGAUGUUUGCCUUUGAAAUAAUAAAACUGUUAGUCAUCUGUGUUUUCUGUCGAAGUGACGAUCUCGGAUUGUGUAUAGUUUGUUAAUCUCACUCAGCCUGUUCAGCAUUUACUAGCGGAGCUCGCAGAGCGUAGCCCCAUAAAUAAAUAAAUUUGGACUUACGACCGUACGACCGACCGUACAAGAUGCUACUUUUAACAUGCGCGGUCAACUGUAUCGCGGGCACACCAACGCCACGGCUUUGUCCAGUAGUCUAGUGGUCAGUGCACUAAGCUCCGAGUUGGACGACACGGGUCCUAGUCCUGGCCGGGGCAAGGAGUUGUGCCCUUAAGACGUGCGGGAAAAAAAUGCGAGCUCCGCUUUUAGGCUUGGCUAAAUCUAUAUAUUAUGUGAUGACGAGGAGGUAGAGAAAAACCUCAACCUGAAGGAGAGCCAGUUAAAAGCUUAUUGUCAAUCCACGCGAUGAAGAUGUUUUCUAGAGGUUACUAUUCCCAAAGACCAAGCAUCGUUUUAUAAACAAAGGUUUGGGAAAUGAGGAAAAAUUUUUUUAAAAAAUGGAAGGCUUGAGAAUACUGAAAGAAGCUAGAGUUGCUUAAUUUCGGGUACAACGUGAACAGCUCAUAAUUC